GUGAAGUUUCUUUCUCAGCUGCUGAGAAGCCAGCUUCACAAUAUAUAAAGCAAUAAAGAAUGAUUCUUUACUGAUGGAGCAAGACUGUUCGGUCUCUUGAGCUUUCUUGCUUUUUUUUAUUCCUCUGCCUAUAAUUGUGUUCAUUCAUAUUUCUUGCCUAUUCGUUCAGAAUGGACAGACACUGUUGAAAGCUCAAUCCAUAAGUGGGUUUCACAGAUGAAUCUCCCUGUAUUAUUUGUUUUUGACUUGGGUUUUGAGGUUUCUAGGUCCCAUUUGGUCGGGGAGUCUUGAAACCAAGUUCUGUAUUGCAAGCUUCCAUCUGCACUGAAGGUGUUUGAAGUUAAUCUGAGCUGAAAGAUCCAAGGAUUACUUUCUGAGCUGCAUAGAAAUGGAGGCUGGUUUACUCAUUAGGAAAGGAUUGGUGGUGUUGAUAUUUUGGAUGUGGGUGCCCAUGGAAGUGAUGGGUGAGAACGGUAAUGCUGGUGUUUCUUCUUCAAGGCCAAGUGUUGUGAAUGUUGGAGCCUUGUUUACCUUCAAUUCAGUUAUUGGGCGAGCUGUGAAGCCGGCAGUUAAAAUGGCUAUCGAUGAUGUCAAUUUGGAUUCAACUGUUCUUUCCGGCACGAAUUUGAAUCUUAUUCCUCAUGAUACCAAUUGCAGUGGGUUCCUUGGAACCAUAGAAGCUUUGGAGCUGAUGGAGAAAGAUGUAGUUGCCGUAAUUGGUCCACAGUCAUCUGGAAUAGCACAUGUCAUCUCCCACGUUGUUAAUGAACUUCAUGUACCACUCCUGUCAUUUGGGGCAACAGACCCCACACUUGCGUCACUGCAGUUCCCAUUCUUCAUCCGCACCACACAGAGUGACCAUUUCCAGAUGUCUGCAAUAGCCAACUUGGUUGCAUAUUAUGGAUGGAGGGAGGUAAUUGCUAUAUUUGUGGACGACGAUUAUGGAAGAAAUGGAAUUUCCGCAUUAGGUGAUGCCCUUGCGAAGAAUCGUGCCAAAAUCUCCUACAAGGCUGCCUUCACUCCUGGAGCCUCCAGAAGUGACAUCAAUGCCUUGUUAGUUGGAGUAAACCUGAUGGAGUCUAGGGUUUACGUUGUUCAUGUAAAUCCGGACUCUGGUUUGACUAUUUUUAAAGUGGCAAAGUAUCUUGGGAUGAUGAACUCAGGCUAUGUUUGGAUCACAACAGAUUGGCUUCCUUCUGUUUUAGAUUUGUCGGAAUUAGCUGACCCUGACACAAUGGAUCACGUACAAGGGGUCAUUGCUUUUCGCCACCACACCCCAGAUUCUGAUCUCAAGAAGAAUUUUACGUCUCGGUGGAAAAGCUUAAAAUCUAAGGAGACACCAAGUUUCAAUUCUUACGCGCUUUAUGCUUAUGAUUCCGUUUGGCUACUCGCACGUGCACUUGAUGUUUUCUUCACUGAAGGGGGAAACUUCUCUUUCUCUGUGGACCCUAGGUUACACGACGUUAAUGGAAGCACAUUGCACUUGACAGCGCUACGUAUUUUUGAUGAAGGCCAGAAAUUGCUCACGAUACUUCGAGGAAUGAACUUCACUGGCCUAACUGGUCAGAUUAAAUUUGAUGCGGAUAAGAAUUUAAUCCAUCCGGCAUUUGAUAUUCUGAACAUUGGUGGGACUGGGUCUCGCACAAUAGGUUACUGGUCAAACUAUUCUGGUCUUUCUGUUGAUGCUCCGGAAACCUUGUAUUUGAAGCCCCGAAAUACUUCUGCCAGUAACCAACAUCUUUACAGUGUGAUAUGGCCUGGUGAAACUACAAACCCACCAAGGGGGUGGGUUUUCCCUAACAAUGGGAAGCCUUUGCGAAUUGCAGUGCCUUACCGAGUCAGUUACAAGGAAUUUGUAAGCAAAGACAAAGGUCCACUGGGGGUGAAAGGGUACUGCAUCGACGUCUUUGAAGCUGCUGUUAACUUGUUGCCUUAUGCUGUACCCCACACAUACACAUUAAAAGGCGAUGGUUUGAGGAACCCUUCCUACAACGACCUAGUUGACGGCGUCUCCGAAAACACAUAUGAUGCCGCUGUUGGGGACAUUACGAUUACUACGAACAGGACAAAGAUUGUAGAUUUUACGCAACCUUUUAUGGAGUCCGGGCUUGUCGUAGUUGCUCCAGUCAAAGAGACAAAAACCAGUCCUUGGGCUUUUCUCAGGCCAUUCACUUGGGAAAUGUGGUGCGUCACUGGUGGCUUUUUCCUCUUCGUAGGAGCCGUUGUUUGGAUUCUAGAGCAUCGCGAGAACCAUGAGUUUCGUGGUCCACCAAUCCAACAACUUAGAACAAUCUUCUGGUUCAGUUUCUCAACAAUGUUUUUCUCACACAGAGAGAAUACUGUGAGCACCCUGGGACGUUUGGUGCUAAUCUUAUGGCUCUUUGUAGUGUUAAUCAUCAAUUCAAGCUACACUGCUAGUUUGACGUCAAUCCUAACAGUGCAACAGCUGACAUCACAGAUUGAGGGAAUCGAGAGCUUGAUCUCAAGUUCCGAUCCGAUUGGAUAUCAAGAUGGAUCAUUUGCGUACAAUUAUAUGAUUGGAGAGCUCAACAUAGCCCCGUCUAGGCUCAAAUCGUUGAAAAGCUUGGAAGAAUAUGCUAGUGCCCUUCUGCUAGGUCCAAAAAGAGGUGGAGUAGCUGCAAUUGUCGAUGAGCUUCCUUACAUUGAGCUCUUCAUGUACACCACCAACUGUCAGUUCAGAACUGUGGGACAGGAGUUUACUAAAAGUGGAUGGGGAUUUGCUUUUCAAAGAGACUCUCCUCUUGCAGUUGACUUGUCGACUGCAAUUCUACAACUCUCAGAGAACGGCGAUCUCCAACGAAUCCAUGACAAAUGGCUUUCGCUUGAAGGAUGCUCUGCGAAAAGCAGCCAAGCUGAUGCAACUAGGCUCUCUCUCACUAGCUUCUGGGGCCUAUUCCUCAUCUGUGGUAUUGCAAGCUUCUUUGCCCUCUCCAUAUUUUUCUGUAGGGUGUGCAGGCAGUAUCGGAGGUACGACCCUGAGUGCGAGGAACAGAAAAUUGAGGAUCAGGAACUUUCUAGGCGUAGUAAACGCCCACUGCGUGCAACUAGUUUCAAGGACUUGAUGGAUUUUGUUGAUAAGAAAGAAGCUGAGAUCAAGGGCAAACUUAAGCGAAAGAGUAAUGAUGGCAAACGACCACCGAGCCAAAGCUCUGAUGGGCAGCCCAGUUCACCUUCUUAGCAACAAAAGAGAAAAGAAAAAAAAAACACUUUCAUUAGGUAUACUGUUAUAUUACCAAAGGUUUAGGCAGCUAGGAUGGAAAUGUAUUGUAUAGGAACUGCAGAGAAAAUUUGAGGAAAAAAUUGUAAACAAAUGUAGGUUGAAUUGUUGUUUUGUACCCUUAAGUGUGACCUGUUCAAAAGGGAGAUUUUGAAGAUAUUCAAAGCUACUUUCAGGUUUCUAUUUUAGUGGAAUGGUUCUGAAAUGGGACAAAAA